AUGGAUAUUGCUGUUUCAGCACUCAAAUCAGAAUACCCUUUAUCUGUUGAAUUGAUAAACCCAUCUGGAUCAUCUGCUUUCAAAACUCCAAAUCGUGGAAGGCAUUAUUUCAAAUAUCCAGAAGUAGAUGGAAGUUUUCACGAGAUUGGUGACUUUCAGUUGUGUAUUUCUAGUCGACAAAUCAGACAACCCGUACAGGUUUCCUUGAUAAUUGUCAUCCACGAAAAGAAUGCCAACAACAUUGACGUGGCUUCUAACCUAAAACGAAUCAAACAUAACUCUGAUUUCGAUAAUACACGAAUGACAUUGAAGAAUUUCGAACAAAUUACUCUGAAUAUUGACGUUCAGCUGAAAAUUAUGAAGACAGAACAAGCGAAACGAGCGUUUGUAGAAAAAAUUGACAGACAACACAUUGAAACGGCAUUUGAAAUGAUUAAUUUUUGGCAUAUUAUGAGAGUUUUUCUAGUACUUUUCAUAGCUGGAUUCCAGGUUCAUGCCAUCAGAACUCUACUCUCUCCGAAAUGA